UUACGGUUACAUUUGGCAACCCCGCGCGCCGCUUCCAUUACCACCAAAAUUGCGGGUUGAACUGGCUGAUCGUGUCUCGGCGGCAAGAAUUUUAAUAUUAGGUGUUAAAAAACUAAUUUUCUUUGUGAAAAUAUCGAACUAUGUCACAGAUCAAUAUUUCUACACGAAAGAAAAGGUUACGACCAGCCAGUGAUGUAAUCGAAACCGCCGUAAGAGAAGUUUUUGAUAAAAAUCAAUCUAUCCGGUCGGUAGCGGCAGCCCAUAACUUUUCCAAACCUUACUUAGCUUCAAUUUGUAAAAGAGCUAGAACUCAGAAGGAAGAUUAUCGUCAUCGACCUAACAUAGUUAAUAAACGUAUUUUCUCCCUUGAACAGGAAAAAUUAUUGGUUGAUUAUCUGAAAACAUCAUCAAAGAUGUGUUACGGUCUCACAACCGUGCAAGUCAAGGAACUUGCCUACCAGUAUGCAAAGGCUCAGGGAAUUUUACCGAAACCUUGGAAAGAAAAGAAGAUGACAUCAAAAGACUGGCUACUUGGUUUUAUGAAAAGAAAUUCAACAUUAAAUUUAAGAAAACCCAGAAAACACUUCUCUCUCUAGAGCGACUUCAUUCAAUCCAACGAAUGUCAGUAAUUUUUAUAGCAAUUUGGAGCGAGCUCUGGAAAAACAUAAAUUUAAGCCCCAUAUGAUUUGGAAUUUAGACGAAACCGGCUGUCUCACGGUUACAAAUCCUCCAAAAGUUUUAGCAACUAGAGGUUCAAAACAGGUCGGGCAAGUGACUUCAGUCGAAAGAGGUAAUUUAGUUACGAUGCUUGGAUUUAUUAAUGCCUCUGGAGGAACAAUUCCUCCCGUUUUUAUAUUUCCCAGAGUGCACUUUAAGGAAAUUAUGCUGAAAGAAGGGCCUAGUGUCGCAAAAGGAAUUUCCAAUCCAAGUGGUUGAAUGACGGAAGAAGGAUUUUUGGAUGUGAAUUACUUCCACCGGAAGAAACUUAAUGAUAGUGAACAGUCAAGUAAGAAAGUUCCUCUAUGCCAAUUUAUACCAAGAGAAAACAGAGAACCCAACACUCAACCUAACGAAAACAAUAACGUAAUAAAUCAAGAUAAUUGUGUCUGU